UCGUAUAAUAUAUGAUGAAGACUACGACAAAAAAAGGUUGCUAGACACAAAUGUAGACCCAACGAAGCCGAGAUAACACAACGACAAACGGCGGCCAUGCGAAAACAAAUACGGCAAUUGAGGGUGUUGCUACUUAGCGCACUUCGUGGGGGCCAGUUCUCUCUUUCACCCAACACCUCAAUACACGACAAGAUCACGCAGUCUCCCGCCUCCUUAUUCACGGAGAAAAGGGCGGGUACCAAUCAUUUGCGUGUGUUGCGAAACAGCACCGUUCCAACACACACACGCCCGACGGCCCGAUUGCAGCCCCCACCUCAAACCUCAAUCAAAGGACUGUCACGUAAGACCAAGAGUUGCAUGACGGAACUCUGCGAUUUCCUCACAAGACACUCUUUUCCUGCUUCGAUUUGCCGGCUCGCCACAAUACCAUUGCCACCAUGCCACCCACGACGCCAUCGGCAAGCGUCGAGAAAUUGGAUCCGCUGCACCGCGACGCCAUCACGGCCGCCGUGCUCAGGCUCCUUGACACUGCGCUGGCCCGCGAGACGUUCGGUCAGAUCAUUGACGGCCUGCCUCUCUGCCGCAUUGCAUAUGGCCAACGAGGCCGCAGGCUGCGUGGGGAGCACCCCAUCCUGCGCCAUGUCACUCUUUGUCCGGGCGUGGAGGAGGCUGCUGUGAAGUUCCGGUCCGAUUUUAAGAUGGAAAUGUUGGCAUUCAACCCCGAGGUUGCUGCUCUUUUCUUUCCAAGCCUCGGAUCCGGGCUCGC